UUUCUGUUCCGUGUUUGUGGAAAAAUAAACAGUGUUUGCUUUGAACGUUUAAGGCACAUGAUUGAAAAAAAGUUAGCGAUGUUUAUCUCUGGGGUCGCUGCGCUUUGCGUCUCCCCGAAGUGUGCUGCAGUCGUGGGGCAACUCCACUUUACUCUGUUUCGUGUGGGUUUGUGGGUGUUUUACAGUCAGCUGAAGGAAGCCGUGAGUGUUGCGCAAUAGAUGCGUUGUUGCUCACUUUCAGCAGUUUGUAGUAGGUUAUCAAAAACAGUGUGUUGUGCAACAUUGUUGCUCAGCUUUCAGUUCGGUAGAGUCAGACUGCGGUGAGAAGCGGACUGUUAUUAAAGCGUAUUCACUGUUUUUGCCUCGUGUUGGCACACUGCCUUCAUGAUGAGUUUGAGGUUACAGCGAAGGGCUGCCAGAUGUUCUGGGGAGGUUUCGGCGCAAACAGCCGCGCUUUCAGCGGAGCUGUUCGAGCUCACAUAAAGUUUUGUUCUUGUAGUUAAACGCACCGCUUUGCUCCAUAGUUCCUCAAGUAACACAGAGACAGCACGGGUGUGCGUGCGUGCGCGCGCGUGUGAUGGAGGUUUCUGCUGAGGUCGGACCGCGCUGCCGCAGUUCUGGCUGUAAACUUUGUCUCGGUGAAGUGUAAACAGAGCGGAGCAGCAGCAGGGCUGUGCCUGUGCUCUGCUAAAUCUCCUGUAAGCCUUCACUAGUGGAAACUAUUCCCUCAGCAUUACAAGCUCUGGAGCACUGCUGGCGCAUGCUUGUAAACUCCAGGCCCCACGGGAACAAGGUCACAGCAGUCCACUAAAGAAAUGUCUGAGUUGUCCUCCUAAAGGAUGAGUCUGCCGAGAGCACAGGCCAGACUGGUGAAGAUGUAAAACAGCAUCAUUGAAUUAUGGCAGGAUCUCUUUCUACAGCCUGCUGCCUGUUAUAUUCUUACUCUUUAAGAGCUGAUGUUCAGCAGUGUCUGUGACUGAGAACUCGUUAGGCAUGUCUGAUCUUCUGUAGCUUCAAAACGUCCUCAUGUGGUCUCAUUCAGUUGUUUGGUGAUGACGGAUGUCAUUAAAUCAUGAUCUCAAUCCUUUGAAGGUAACAGCAUAGUGAAGAUGAUGGUGUAAAAGAAAUAAAUGUUUGUGAGCCGAACGCUCGGGCUUCUGGCAUCUCUGAACGAUCAGCUCUAGACUGUUUUUCACUCUUGGCUUCUCGUGAUGUCAUGCAAUCUCAGACACGCCGCACUGAUUGUGAGCACAGCAGCUGCAAACUUGAACCUUCUGACUGAGACGAGCAGCCAACCAGAAGAAAGCUGAUUUGGGGAGUGAGUUAAAUGGGUUGUUAAGACAGUGGAUAACCUGAGAGGUUACACCAAGGCCUACUGUAGGAUAAAAAAAGGGUUAUUUGAACGUUGGAAAAGUGACUUCUCUAAGGAGUUGAGUCCAAGUAUUGAGCUGGAAUAAGUGGGAGAAUAAGAUGGUUGGAGGAUGGGUGUCCCCUUUAAGAAGCAUAUGCGAAGUCUUGUUGUACAAAACAAACUCUAAACAUGCCUAAUAAAACUCCACAGGGCUGGCAGCCUGUAAUUAUUCUUUGGCCACAUGAAAAAUUCCAGAGGAAGACCAUAUUAUGGCAUUUUGGAUUGCAACGCAAAGCCGCCACAAAAAAUGUUUUUGUUUGAAAUAAAUGGUUUUGCAUUUGCACAAAGUUUUUCUUUGUGGCGAUUACUGCCAUUUUGCAUUCUACAUGCAAAGAGGAAGUGUUGACAUGGUUGUAGUGCGUGGUAAUGAUUUCAGUUAUUAUUAUCUAAGUCACUUUCUUGUUUUCUUUGUAAUGAUCAUGGGGUGUGAAAUAUCUUGCAGUUCCUCUGGAUUUUAGUCUUUGUAGACCAGUGAUGAUGAUUUGUGUGGGUUAUUGCAGAAUGUGAGUGCGAAACCGAGUCCGACCCUUUUGCUUUCUGGCAAGGACGACCCUACAAGAGUUGAUCGACCCACCCAAGACAGUUCUUGGAUUUUGACCAGAUGCUCUGUAUCCAUCUGUAUCUGCAUCUCCGUGAUGGGGGUGUACAGUAAACUACAGGAGAAGCAUAAAUAAUCUGGUCAGAUUUCAAAUGAAACACCUGUUGUAUUGCUUGUAUUGACUUUAAAAGACAAAAAGUCACCUGCACAUUUGAUUUUCCCCUUUCAACAGCUUUACGUGGACUAAGGACUUAAAGGAUAACUGAGAGUUUUUAAAUCACUGUAAAUUAAUUGUGAGUCCAUCUAACAAAACAUCUGCAUGGCUUAAACACCUGCAGUAACUGUCUCCAUUUUAGACUUUUGUGUUUGUGGAACUGAAUUAUUCCUAAUUGUACUGUGCAAUCUGGGAUUUUGAUGUGGGCAGCACAGUGGUGCAGUGGUAAGAACUGAUGCCUCACAGCUGGUCAACCGGGGCCUUUCUGUGUGGGAUUUGGGUGUUCUCCCUGUGCAAUCCAAAGACAUGUGCAUGUGUUAGCUCUGCGAUAGACCAGCGCCCUUCCCAGGGCGUAACUCGCCUCUUGCCCAAUAUCUGCUGGAGGGUGUUGGAUCUUAGGCGUUAGUGUUUAAGAAAAUAGGUUUUUUUUCUUGUAAUAUUUAAGCUAAAUGAGACUUAAUAGCACGAUACAGACUGGAAGUCCCGCUAUUGUUAUUAUGUCAGCCAUAUUAUGUCCACUUUAAAGGAAUCUGUUGCAGUUAGUGCCAUGUGCAAAAGGCUGUAAUAUUAGGAAGUCUGCAUUUUCAAGCAGGACUUUGGGUUUGACUGUAAAGAAAAAGAGAACUUCUGUCUGUCUCUAACACUGGGCUGAUUGGGGUAAAUGCAAAGUAACCAGUCUUUUCAUCUUUUCAUCAGGGAAAAAGCUUUUAUAAGAUGGCCUGCAAGUUGUGCUUUUGUUUGUUUGAGUAUGAACCGAGAGUGUACCGUGAGAUUGUUUUGUAUUUCUAUUAGGAGCUAUUAGGCUGAUUAAAAUGCUGGUUUUGGGAAAGUACAAGGGAAAAGAGUUUUUUUUGGUUAUUUUUCUUCAAUCAUCUAGUUGAUUCAGCCUCUAUUUUUUCCUGGAGUUUCCCAGACAAAAGUUGACUAACAAGACAGGUGAUAUGUCAUGCUGAUAUCUUUUGGUCGUUACUCCAAACUCAUGGUACUAAGUCACGUAAUAAGAGAGGUUCAAAGUUAUAUUGGUCUUUAAACCAACCAAGCCUGAGGCAAAAUUCAUAAAGUACCAGAAGUGUAGGACAAGCAUUUCACAGUGUGACUGCUGACUACCAACUGACCAAUAGGAAUGCAGUGUGAAAUGAUGCACUGAUCAACGAGCGCUUGUGAAAGAGCCAAAACAAACUCAAACAGUAUAGAUGGAAGUAAAGCAUGCAGAACAAAAUAGUUGAGAUUCCAACAAAGAAGAAAAUCUUGUUGAGAAGCUUUGUUUGUAUGAUUUGUCCUCCAGCUGGUAUCAUCACUGCGCCAAGGAGGGUGUAGCACGGAAAGAUAUAGUGGAUGUAUAACAGCUGUACAUCUUGGCCCGAUUCAGUACUACGCAUUAAUAUCAUAGGGAGUACAUGCAUCAAACCUCUAAGUUCCAUGUUGGCUUGUAGUAUACUCAGAGGAGUACAGAAAUCUCAAGAUGUGUAGAAUAGACUAGAAUAGCCCUUUAUUGUCAUUGUACAUGGACUAUGAAAAUGUAGGUGCUCCGCAUCAACUGUGCUGGGAUAAAAUAUAAAUAGCAAACAGGAGAAAUGUAGACAAAAAUAGGUGAAAGGCGCACAUAAGAGAAGUUGCAGUAAGUGACCUUAGACCAGCAAGCACACGGGCUACCUACAUCAUUACCUUACCAAAGUUCAUGAGCACUUGUGUCCUAAGUUUGCCUCUUUUAAUCUCUUUAAUAAGCUCAUUUAUCUUGGUUCCAUUGUGCUUUGUGAAAUUCCGGGUCUGACUUUCCAAUUUCCUUCUAUUAUUUAGCACAAGCUGGCGCUCAGAACGUUUGCUUGUUUGUGGACAGUUUGUGGACAUUGUCACACUAAUGGAUUCUAAUGGGUUCUAUUAAUGCGACUUUUGUGCUCGGAGACAAAUAAAACCCAGCAAUCCACAGUCACCCAGUAGGAAUUUGUAAACUGGGAAGGUCGUUCCACCAGCUCACUGCCGUUCUGAAUACUACUGUAUCUUUGAUUUCAGUCUGUAUUCAUUUAUUCUUUUAUUUUGUCCUUCUCUUGAUUGCACAGUGUUUGAGAAGACACUAAUAUAGUUUGAAUGACACUUGGGGAAAUCGGCUGCACAUGAAUCCUUCAACUAAAGCAGCCAACCAGUCAACAGAUGGUUACAGUACAUUGUUUUUUCUCAUUUGGCUUACUGUUAUGCAAGUUUAUAAAAAGAAAGGAAGCUGGAUAUUGGCCAGAAAAACAGCAAAAGUAAACAAGAGGAAGAUUGAAGGCAGUAAAAAAAGGACUGUGAAUUUUCAAUGGCCAACUGUAAAGAAGCUCUCAGCCUCAAUUGAUGUGAUUUGAAGCUUGAUGAAUCCUUGUGUUGACCCCCUUUGGGUGCUGUAUGAGUUCAUUGCUGUUGACUAUUCUCCAACAUUCAGCUCUAUCCCCAGUUGGUGCCUCAAAACUCCAAUAAAAAAAACCUGUUUAGCUCUUUUGUUCUUGUCCUGACUUUGAACCUCUAAAAUCAGUUAGCAUGUGGUUGGUAUUUGGGACAGGCAUCCCUGUUUGUUCACAUGUUGUUUAUGUUACACUGAUUGGCUUUGUAAAUGGCAUUGGAGCUUUGGUUUCAUACUCAAGCAGCAUGGUCCAAAUAGUAAUUUGUCUAUCAAACAAAAACUGCAGUUGACAGUUGCUUUUCAAAUGAGUGUAGUUUAGAUUUUAAUUCCUCUUAAUCACCAUAUGUUGGUUUUAGUCUCACUUCAAUAACCUUCAUUGUGCCAUGUGUAUUUAGAAAACUAGAUGCAGAUGGCAAAAGUUGCUUCUCGGUAUCUGACAGUGUUAAAGUUGGCACAUGCUAACCAUUCAGUGUUUUCCACACGUAAACUUGCGCGGCUGUAGGUCUAACGGCCUCAGUAUAUUAGCAGUAUAUUUUUCAUUAUAAUUUCUUUAGCUGUCUGUUGGAAUGACACCAUCACUUUACUAGUAGAUGAUCCCUUUGCGUUUUUUCUCAUUCUUCUGCUGCUAGCCGCCUUGUUGCUGCCCUUAACAGUUUGGGUUUUCCGCACAGGUCGGACUGGCUGGCUGUUAUAGUGGUCCUCAAUGCCAUUCACCUGCUUAUGCACCAAGAGUCUUCUACAUCUGUAUUUACUUCAAUAUCACCAUCUGGGACUGACGCUGGCAGUGGUGGUCUUUCUUCGUCAGCAGUUGUAACCUUUUUCUGUAACCAUGACCUGGAGCACAUGGACAACCGGUUCACCUGCUGCUGUGCCAGGCUUACUGAUUUAAAGUCAGAGUUGGAGUUACUUGCAUGAAGUAUAUUUGAAUGAAUGAAUGAAUGAAUGAAUUUAAGAAAGCAAGCAUGCACACACAAUGCUUGCAGACUACUCCCUCCCUCCACAACACCUCCUACCUCUGUUACGGUUGUCAAAAAAAUAGAUUCUCAGAUACUAACUUGACUGAUAAUACUGCAAAUUACUUUGUGAUUAUGUUAUCAUUUGCAGCAGUACCAAUACAAAUAACAGCAUCUUGGCCUCCUCCAGUUGACACAAAACAUCACACAGAGCAGUUGCAGACAGGCUGUUUGGUGAAGCAGUCCAACGAGGUCUUCUUCUGUGGCACAGUGUGAUGAAUCCAUGUUCCUCUUUGGUCGAGCUGGGUAGCGAACGAUGGUGACCAUGACAGAGGCGCACUGACGCCCUCGCUCCUCUCUUUCCACAUCAAGUCUGCACGAGCAACAGCAGCCAUAACAAUGAGCUCUCACAGUUGCCAAGGUGGAUUAACCAGCACGGAGAAGCCUCUGGAACUUAUUAAACCAACGGCACACAACCAUUUUGUGGACGUGAGCACAGCGGCGCUGCCCUCCACCGCCACAGCCAUCCUUCCCAUGGAUCUGCGCAUAGUGGACCACGCUCACCACCACCAGCAGCAGCCCUCCUUUGGCUUGGUUCCUCCACCCCACCCCACGCCACCCACCUCCACGUCUACUGAGACAGGCCGCGGACCAGUCAUUAGCCAGCAGGAGCAGCACCUGCAGCAGGAGCUGGUGGCUCUUAAACACAAGCAGCAGCUCCAGAGGCAGCUACUCAUCGCAGAGUUUCAGAGGCAACAUGAACAGCUAUCACGACAACAUGAAGCCCAGAUGCAGGAGCAUGUCAAGCACCAACAGGAGUUACUGGCGCUCAAGCAUCAACAAGAACUGUUGGAGCACCACAGAAAGAUGGAGCAACAACGUCACGAGGAGCAGCUGGAGAAGCAGCAGCGGGAACACAAACUCCAACAGCUCAAAAACAAGGAGAGGGGACAAGAGAGUGCAGUCGCCAGUACAGAGGUAAAGAUGCGACUUCAGGAGUUUGUCCUGAACAAAAAGAAAGCCUUGGCUCAGCGAAACCUAAACCACUGUCUGCCCAGUGACCCACGCUACUGGUAUGGAAAAACUCAGCAUAGCUCUUUGGACCAGAGCUCACCUCCACAAACGGCACUGUCAGCGUACAACCAUCCCAUGCUGGGCACAUACGACUCCAAAGAUGACUUCCCUCUCCGCAAAACCGCCUCUGAGCCCAACCUAAAGCUUCGUUCUCGGCUAAAACAGAAGGUGACGGAGCGUCGCAGCAGCCCUCUGCUCCGUAGGAAAGAUGGACCCCUUGCUACUGCUAAGAAGCGUCCCCUAGACGUUGCUGAGUCUGCAUGUAACAGUGCACCAGGCUCAGGUCCCAGUUCCCCCAACAAUGGCUCCAGUAAUAUCCCCACAGAGAAUGGGAUCACAAUCUGCAGCAGUCCAGGAGAGACCUCGCUGCUCCAGAGGCUGGCAACACGGGAAGGGUCAGUUAGCCAGCUCUCUCUCUACACCUCUCCCUCUCUGCCCAACAUCACCCUGGGCCUGCCAGCCACAGGACCUGCUAGCACUGUGGUAUCGGGACACCAAGAUGGCGAGAGUCAUCUGGCAUUGCCUGCAUUGCAGCAGGGCAUUCCACUGACCCCUCCUUUCCUGCCCUCCCACCUGCCCUCCUACUUGGCAUCUUCAGCACUGGACAGGGAGGGCCCAGGAGGGGGCACGGCGGGUCACAACCCCCUCCUCCAACACAUGGUACUGCUGGAUCCAAGCCACAGUCCAGUGGUUGGGCUGGGUGGCCUACCGCUGCCAUCGUCCUCCGUCUCCAAGCUCAUGCGCAGCCACCGUCCCCUGGGGAGAACGCAGUCGGCGCCUCUGCCCCAGCAGCAGUGCGGACAGACACAGGCCCUGCAGCACCUGGUGGUCCAGCAGCAGCACCAGCAGUUCCUGGAGAAGCACAAACAACUGUUCCAACAGCAGCAGCAGCAGCACAUCAUCAACAAGAUAAUGUCCAAGCCCGGCGAUCAGGCCUCAGCUGCAGGCCCGGGUGCCUCAGGACCAGGCAGGCAACACCAGAGUCACCCAGAAGAGACGGAGGAGGAGCUUAGGGAGCACCAGGCGCUCUCCUCGUCAUCAUCGUCCUCCUCUCCUACCUCUGGGCAAGAGACGGGGUUGCUACGUGGGGUGGUCAUCAAGCAGGAGCCUCCGGAUCCCCAGGAGCAAGAAGAGAGGGAGCAAAGAGAGAGGCAGGCUGAGCAGGACUUCCUGUUCAGACAGCAGGCUCUGCUCUUAGAGCAGCAGCGGAUCCACCAGUUGAGGAAUUACCAAGCCUCGAUGGAAGCAGCCGGGCUUUCGGCCAAUUUUGCUGGCCACCGGCCUCUGUCGAGAGCUCAGUCAUCGCCAGCCUCUUCCUCCUUCCCCAUGGUCGUGCAGGAGCCGCCAGCCAAACCUCGAUUCACUACAGGUCUUGUGUAUGAGUCUUUGAUGCAGAAGCACCAGUGCAUAUGUGGUAGCACAACGAGUCAUCCAGAGCACGCUGGCCGCAUUCAGAGCAUCUGGUCCCGACUGCAGGAAACAGGCCUCAGGGCGCACUGUGAGUGUAUCCGUGGUAGGAAGGCCUCAUUGGAGGAGUUGCAAACAGUCCACUCUGAAGCCCACGUCAUGCUAUAUGGAACUAACCCGCUGCGGCAGAAACUAGACAGUUCAGUAAAUCCCAUGUUUGUGAGGUUGCCGUGUGGAGGCAUAGGGGUGGACAGCGACACCAUUUGGAAUGAAGUCCAUUCAUCCAGCGCAGCGCGUCUGGCUGUUGGCUCUGUGGUGGAGCUCGUCUUCAAAGUAGCAUCGGGAGAACUGAAGAAUGGCUUCGCUAUCGUUCGACCCCCUGGACACCACGCUGAGGAGAGCACACCUAUGGGUUUCUGUUAUUUUAACUCAGUCGCCAUAGCAGCCAAGCUCCUGCAGCAGAGGCUCAAUGUCAGUAAAAUCCUCAUCGUAGACUGGGAUGUCCACCAUGGCAAUGGCACCCAGCAGGCCUUCUACGCUGACCCCAGUGUCCUUUACCUGUCCCUGCAUCGUUACGAUGAUGGGAAUUUCUUCCCGGGAAGUGGCGCACCCGAUGAGGUGGGCAGUGGAGCAGGUGAAGGUUUUAACGUGAACAUGGCCUUUACUGGGGGACUGGACCCUCCUAUGGGGGAUGCAGAGUAUCUAGCUGCAUUCAGGACGGUGGUCAUGCCUAUUGCCAAUGAGUUUGCGCCUGAUAUGGUUCUGGUAUCUUCUGGCUUUGAUGCAGUAGAUGGACAUGCCCCACCGCUGGGAGGAUACAAACUGACAGCCAAAUGCUUUGGCUACCUGACCAGGCAGCUGAUGGGUCUGGCAGGCGGUCGGCUGGUGCUUGCCUUGGAGGGGGGUCACGACCUCACAGCCAUAUGUGAUGCCUCUGAAGCCUGCAUCUCUGCUCUGCUUGGCAAUGAGUUGGACCCCAUUCCCGAUGAGGUGCUGCAGCAGAGACCAAAUGCGAAUGCGGUACGGUCUAUGGAGAAAGUAAUCGAAUUUCACAGUAAAUACUGGUGCUCACUGCAACGUUCUGCCUCCUCGCUGGGUUAUUCUUUGAGUGAGGCCCUCAAGCGUGAAGCAGAGGAAGCUGAAACUGUUUCUGCCAUGGCCUCAUUGUCUGUUGCAAACAAGCACGUUGGAAAGAGGGCUGAAGAGGAACCGAUGGAAGAGGAAGCUCCUAUGUAAAGAAACAUCCACGACCUUUUUGAUCACUCAGACUCGUCUGUGGCAUUUUAUCGUGACAAAAAUGGACCACUGAAGAUGAGCGACCCUUUUGCUGAUCAGCGGUGCACUGAGCAAUCAGCAUAAACGCGUUGCAUUGCACUUAAAGACUUUUGGAUAUACGAUUGUUUCAGCUAUCCCGUAAUGACAACCUCCAGUGCCAGUGCUUUUAAAACACUAGACAGACAUACUUUUGAUUGCCAGUGAGAACCAUGCAGAGGACCUACAGUCAUCUACUCUUCAUGUAAUUCUGCUCUGUCCCUGCUUUAUCUUCAUCUCUUCGCUUUCGUGAAGACCACCAUAGCUAUUGUGAUUGUUACUCUGGACUAAAGAUGGGUUCUUGCUCUUUCCAGAUAUCUAAACGAGAGGGAAAAAACGUCAGUUUUCCAUGUUGUUGAAGGUUACAGAUGAGAAAGGUCACAAACCUGUUAGAGUAAAAGACAUUUGUGCCUUUCCCCCCACCCCGUCUAAACUUGGUGGAAUUUUUUUGAACUCCACUGGAAGAGUUUUGCCUUAAAAAUAGUUUUGGGACUGAGGCCUCUUCUCCCCAAGCCCUCACACAUUUCUAUCCUGGCAGGACAUCCACUGCCUGCAUGUUGUUGGCACAUAGACUGAAGGACUUUGGCAUGUUUACCUAUAAUUCCCUGCAACCAGCCUACUGUCUCUGCCCCCACCUUUUCCCCUCAUUUUCAGUGUCAGCUUGGAAGGUAGUUCCCAGCCACAAGUUGGAGGUGGCUCCUUUAAAAAGGAAAUUAAGAGUUGGAAUUGUAUCGUUUAAUCACAUAGGCACCAGUUCUUCUUCGUCAGAGAAAGAUAUACGUAGCAUGCACUUUACUGGAGCACUUGGACUUAUGAAAGAUAGAAUCCUGUUUAUAUCGUAUGUAGUAGUUACAUAAAAAUGAAGCCAAAGCAUGACAGCUUAUUGUCUCUGUAGAGUAUAACCACUUACCGCCCCACACAUAUAACAACGACUGAGCAGUGUCGGUAUUUACAUUAGAAUUUGUCUCACUUUUUCAGACAUUUGCCGAAUGGAAAUAAACUAAUCUCACAUGGGCUCAUUUGUUGAACCAGCCCUCUCUUUAAGACAAGGACCAUACCACCUGGGAUUUUCCAGAGGGGUGUUCUGGAGCUUUCACAGCUGGCCUAACAUCUUUCGAUCCUUUCGAUCAAGAACAUCUGCUUUGCAAAUGUCAGGUGAUACGAGGCAGGUGUGAAUGUUUCUGCCUCUUCGUUUUCAAUAAAGCACAAACUGUUCUCUCUAUAUAUUUUUAAUAGUAUGCAAACAUUUUUAGGUGUUCUGCAUUAUAAAAUGCAGUCCUCUUUUUGACAGCCCUUGGCUCAAAUGCACAUAUUUGAGCUUUAAAUAGCACAUGUAGCUCAGCCCGUCCUCCUGGAUUCUGAAUCGUUUCGUUAGGCCGGGUCUCGUUACUAAUCUGAGCAUCAAAUCUUUUUGAAUCAGCAUUUUUAUAUGUUAUAAUAUUUUAGAAGACAAGAUGUAAAAUUUUCCUGCUCUGACUUUUUUGAAGUCAAGCCCACGAUAUAGCUCCCAGUCGCUCUGCACCACACACACAGCCAGCAGCUAGGUCGUAGUCGUUUAAUUUAAUAAUUAAACAGUCCCAGUUUAGGACUAUAGUGGCCCCUCUGAUCAACAUGCUAACUUCCUUCCAGCUUGUGUUUGGCCCUCUGGGCAACUACCUUCUGCUGCCUUUAUUUGACCUAAAAACUAAUCGUGUCUUUAAUGUCGUUUUUAAGUGAACAGGAAACGGAGCGCUGUGGUAUUUACUGUUAUUUACUGUACAUAGGACACUGAUCUCCUGAGUAUUCCUGCCACACACAUUCACUAUUUUUGUGGUUUGUUUUCCUCUCUUUCGCUUUUUUCUGCUUUUGAGCUCUAGUGACUUAUUUUUGUACAAUUUUCCUGUUGUUUUGUGCGUGUUGUCCACUCUCUGUUUCUCUGUUAUGUUGUAAAGCUGACAUACUUCACAGCAGGUGAGGGUUCAGACUCUGUUUUUAGUGGACGUUACAUGAGUACGUUUUCUGGGUUCAGGGUUUUUGCGGGAGCGUUGGGAUUCAAAUGUUUCUACUUUGUAUAAUGAUGGACAAUUGUGUAUUUACUGUCUGUUCAUAGUAGAUUUAUAUAUAAAAAGAAAUGAGUAUAUUAUAUAUCUAUACAUUACAAAAUGCUACGAUCUUGUUUUUGAAGUUGGUAUUGAAAAACAAUACUUUCCUUGGUCUUAGUUACAGUUGGCCCUUUUUAGGGUGUUACUGAAGGCACCUUCUGCUGUUGAUCAUGUGUUGAGCAGCAUCUGUCUGGCUGUUUUUUGUCUCUCAGCAGUAAUGACUUUUUUGUUGUCUGUUUUGUUUAUUUCAUUAGUUACCCCAUUGGUACCAUAACACUGUUACAGUAGGUGUGCAGUCGCCCUCUGCUCAGCCUUGCAUUUUAAUGCACAUAUUUGUCAGAUUCCAUACCUUUUCUUUCUCGUGCAGAUGUUCUUGCACGCAUAUCUUGCCUGGCAUCUGUUAAGUUUCAGUAUUUCAAGAAAUUUGAGUCUUUUUUUUGUUCCUCUUUGUUAAAGAUUAUCAUCUGACGUAUUUGAAAGAAUAGGAAGAAUAGCGAGGGCGGAUUAGAAUUGGAACACAGCCAUUGCUUUUUCCCCCUGUGUUAAAUCACCACGACGGGCCUUGCAAAUGGUUUUGUAUGAUCAACGUUUAUUUCCUUAUCAGGCCAAGUAUGCUUAGUUUUUAAUUUAAAUUAACAUUUUUCAAGUUCACAGCUGAAGUCUCAUCAGCUUUGGUAUGCAAGUUAUGUUUCUGUAUCUAAAAAACGCAGUUUGAUCACAGUAACAGCCAAGCAGGACCGAGGUAUCGAUGCCUUAAAAAAAAAAAACAGGAAAAAACACGUUUGAUUUUCUUUUUGGGGGGGGAAUUUCAAUCAGACGUACAAGAAAUAAAUUUGCUUAUUUUAACUGAAUGUAUCUAGCAGAGAUCUUCCCUCUCCUUACUAAUGCACCACUAAUGUCUUUAAGUCUCGAAUCCUUUCCGUAACUUUUGUAGUUGAGAUAUGGAUAUGGUAGAUUGUUUCCACCAUCAUCUUUUUUUAGUAAAUUUCUAAAGAUAAUGUCUAUACCAAUACAGUUUGCAUUAAAUCGUGCAUAAAGUAAAUUCUGCCAAAACAAAACCUCUGGUCUGGUUGCAGCAGGGCAUCUUUUAUUAUCAUUUUUUUAGCUUUUUCUGUACAUUCCCUUUUUGUGAGACACACAUUGUUUUCUUCUCCUUUGUAGAUGUUGGCCAGCUUCUUUGUGUGUGUGAUACUUGCGUACUUUCAUAGUCGGGAUAUGAAAAUGCAUAUAAUCGGGCUAUCCUGAAUAUGACCUCAGCUGGGAUAUGCUGACAUCUCGGCUCAUUUUAACACACUUGAAGAGAUGCCUUUCAGUAACCCAGCCCAGAACAUUCCCAGAACCUUUGCACAACAGUGCCAGUCAUGGCUUUUCUUCUGUUUAAUGCUUUCGUUUCUCAAACGCUGCCAAAACUAGCACUGUCUGGCUACUCUGGCCAUCUGUCUUCACUGUUAGUCUUAAAACAAUGUCCAGUAACCAAAAAGAAAAAAGCAGCAUUCCAUUUUGGUGUAAUUUCCAUUUAUUAUAAGGUAAAUCUUUUUUUUUUUUAACCCUCGCAGGUCUGAGAGCUGUCUUGUUUCUGUAGAUGCCCCGGUCUGACCCCACGCAGCUCCUCCUCUUUUCUCCCUGCAUGAUCCGUCUGUCUGCAUGCAUUACCUGUCUGUCUGUCCCCUGCCACACACCAGCACAAGGGAUCAAGCACUGAAGGACUUUCACUGUAUCCAAACUAUUUUUAUCUCUUUGCUUCUCUUUCUGUUUCUAAUAUGGAGGAAUUUGGGUGCUUUCCAUGUUGUGCUUUCACCUGUAGCGAACGAAUCAUCAAACCUGGCAGACUUAAGUUGAA